GUCAGAUGUGAAGCACCAACCCGGCGACAACAUCGGGUGCCACAUUUUGGUGGUCUUGAACAUCCAUUGCACCUUUGCGCAACAGCCGCUUCUCCGCCGAGAGGUCCUCGCGGUGCACAAAGACAGCUUCCGAGAGGGCAGCGUCAGCGCGAGAGGCGAGAGGCACCACCUCCGGACCGCGUCCGAUCAUCUUAUCUCGAAAGCCUACGUUGUUUUUCCAAAAGUUCAUAAAAGAGGCCUCAGAGAUGGAGGCUACUAACAGCGAAGAUCAGGGAAGCCGGACUAGUGACAAAUGCUGCCAGACUGAGACACUUCAGGCCUGCAGUUGCCAAACAACAGAAAACCCUCAAGAGCCUUGUGGCAAAAAUCCAGUUCAUUCAGUUGAGCCUGGUGAUCCACCCCUGCUUCAGCAGCAGCUCCAGACCUCCAAGUCAGGAAUUCAUCAAAUCAUUGAGUGUUUUCGCUCAGGUACAGCUCAACUCAAACACAUGCUGCUGAAGGAGGUUGACACCAUAUUUGAGUGCAAAAUCUGUCGAAGUCUUUUCCGUGGUCUACCAAAUCUAGUCACACACAAGGAGCUCUAUUGCUUUUCCCGACAACCUCAAUCAGAUGAGCCAUCACAAGGUGGGCAGAGCCAAGCCAUCAAAGAACUUCUUCAAGCCAUUUAUCCACAGAAAGACCAAGAAAAACAUGUCAUUCAGCUGGAGGCUAUUGAGACCAACCCCAAUGCAGUGUUCCAACAAGUGGCACUGGUGGAAAUUCAGGACAUGCCAGAAAACCCCGCCCAUACACCCCAGACUAUGAUCCUGGUACCUGAGAAGAAAAAUCGCCACAAAUCUAUUUUGGCACCCAAAAAGGUCCAACAGUUAGAUUUUGAAGACGAGAUGGAAACGGAACCUGAAGAAUCACCUGCUAAAGAAGGUCAGAGCUGCGAAGAGCAAAUAAAGAUUGAGCCGGUAGAAGGGGAGGAAGAAGAAGAGGAGAGUGCCGCCUCAGAGGUAAAGGAGAUGAGGAUCUCUUGCUGCCUCUGCGGAAAAGACUUCAGCUCCAGACGUAGCGUACGACGCCACUGCCGGAAGAUGCACUGGCAGAGGAUGGAGGAGUUACGCAAAUUUACAGAGACGCGCACAGUGCCUACCAGCCUGCUAUCUAUGGUGAAGGACAAGCAUCCCGUUGAACCACCACCUUCUCCUGGGAAGAGUUGCCCAGUGUGCAAGAAGUCCUUUGCCACCAAGGCCAAUGUUCGUCGCCACUUUGACGAGGUCCACCGUGGUUUGAAGCGGGAUUUGAUCACACCGGACAUUGCCACAAGACCAGGCCAGCCUCUUUUACUUGACAGUCGUCCUCCUUCACCAGCGAAAGCACCAAGCUCUCCUCCGAAGCAAGAUAAGACAAAGCACAACCUGACAAAUUGUCGCUGCAAGCUGUGCAAACGCAAGUACAGCUCCCAACUAAUGCUUAGGCGGCACAUGCGAAUUGUCCAUAAGAUGCCCAUUCUAGAAAACGGCUCUCAGAAGGCCAAAUCAAAGCAUGAGAGAAGAGAUAAGGUUUACCCAAAGAAAGCGUCUAUCUCGAAAGCUUCAGAAGAUGAUGGAAACCACAGUGUGAGUUUUGACUUUAAGAGGAUCUACUGCUGGUUGUGUAAACGUCAGUUCAGUACCAGUCAGAACCUGGGCAAGCACAUUGCCGAACUGCACACUGAUGGAAACGACAGCAUCUACAUCAAGUUUUACCGAUGCCCCAUCUGCAGAUACGAGUCACGCCGGAAGCGUGACGUCAUCCGGCAUAUCACAGUGGUGCACAAGAAGUCUUCACGCUAUCUGGCUAAAGUUAUGCCUGCCUUGGAGAACCAUGCAGUCAAGAAACCAGCUGAUGCAGUCUUGAACAGUGCAAACAAAAAAACAAAAGAAGAGGGUAGUGGGAAGCAUAAAACAGAAGACCCUCCAGCUUCUCCUAAAAGCUGUCAAGAAGAUCCUCUUGUAUCUUCCAAAGCAAAGAAACAAGAAUCCCCAACAUCUCCAAACACUCGAAAGCAUUCAGCUCUUACGUCACUUAACACAGGCAAACUCGAGUCUCCGCUUACACCAAAUAGACAAGACAAGAACCUUCAAGCAUCCAAGAACCCACAUGUCACUCGCAGUCAUAAUGUUAUCAAGGGCCCACCCAUCACCAGAAGCCAGGAGACAUGCACGGAGGUUAGGGUAACGAAAAACUUUUCCCUUCACGCAUGCGAUAUGUGUGGCCGGGCAUUUGCCAAAAAGGUCUACCUUGAGACGCACAGGCGGAGACACAGGACUGCCAUCGCAAGUGGGGACAAAUUACAAGGAAGAAGCACUCGAUCAAAGGCCCUCAUUUGACUGUUUUUCUCUGAAUACGUAGCACAUUUGCACUGGACUCCAUGGAUGACUUUAUCUCCAUGUAAAAGAAGAGGAAGCGAUAUGGACAGACUUGUGGGUAGAAAACAGAGGAUAACCUUUUCAUAGAGGGGUUUAAUGAGACGAGAGAAAAAAAAAGUGCACCAAAAAUGUUAUUCCAGCUUUUUACUCUGGAGGGCGCUGUUGUAAAAGAAAUGGUAUGCACCCUUUAAAAGGUGAUUAGUCUUCAAUUGAUUUUGAAUGAGUUUGACUGAUUACUGGUGUUGACAAAAAAAAAAAAAAAAAAAAAAAAAAAACAACUCUCAAAAUGAAUUUUGAUUAAUUUGUAAACGGAUUCUACCACUAUUUUUUGUAUUCUCUCCGACAGUUUAAAAAUACACAAAGAAUGUUUCAUAAAUGGACAAUGGACAGACAUAGGAGGUUGCUUUGUAUAUGUACAGCAUGUCUAACUAAUGUUAAAUAUUCAUAAGUAGAUAAGUUAAUGUAACUGCUUCAUAUUUUCCUGCCAUGUGAUCACCUCUCUAAUCAACUAUGGAUUGAAAUGCUGCUAUCUGUUAGAAAUGUUAGAAAUGUACUUAUAUUUCUUCUACCCUUUAAGUCGAAGCCUACAUAUUAAGCUGCUCAGGAUGUGUCUUAAUUGAGAGCCCAGUUUUUUUUUUUUUUAACCAGCUUAAACUUUGUGUUUGUCUUUAACGAAAGGUUGCAACUUUGACUAAAAUAAAAUAUAAUACUACUGUAUUUGUUUAGUUUGGUAGCCUACUAACUAAAGCUAAUUAGAAAAUAAUUUUGAAGUUUUAGUAGAUGGCUCUCAUCGUUGCUUUCAAGUAUAAAUAGUUAUAACGAAGCUUUUGAGCAAGUAAAUUGCAAGUACAAUUUAUUUUAACUGGGGUGCAUGCAGAAUGCCUUGAUUAAACCUUUUGUUUAUGUGUAUAAUAGGGCUGUAUCCAAACGCCAAAACCUAGAUCCAUUCUGGUGAUGCACACUCCUUUUUAUUUGCAAAAUCCUGGUAUAUCCCUGCUUGCAGUAGGAUUUUUUGUUUAAAUAAAGAUAACAAAUACA